AUGGAUUCAAACAAUUCAAACAACCUCAACAAACUUUUUUGGGAGGUGAUUGAAGAAGAACUUAUGGACAACACAGAUGAAGAACUAUUGUUGUCAAAGCUCGAGAAGGAACGUCAAUCUAGAAGUUCAUCAAGGCGAACAAGAAGAUCAGUGAUAGAUCGGAAUCGUGAAGAAGGGCAUAUACGAUUAUUCAACGACUACUUCUCAGAAAAUCCAGUAUACACGGAUGCCCAAUUCCGUAGAAGGUUCAGAAUGCAUAGGCAUUUGUUUCUUCGAAUUGUAGAAGCCCUUGGAAAUCAUGAUGAAUAUUUUCAAAUGAGGGUCGACGCAACUGGUAAAAUGGGUCUUUCACCAUUGCAAAAGUGCACUUCUGCUAUUCGUAUGUUGGCAUAUGGAUCUUCCGCUGACAUUGUAGACGAAUAUGUUCGAAUUGGUGAAAGCACUGCAAUUGAGUGCUUAGAGAGAUUUGUAAGGGACGUGAAUGAGGUAUUUGGGGUCGAGUAUUUAAGAAGGCCUAAUAACAAUGAUGUUAAAAAUCUUUUACAAAUGGGGGAGUCACGUGGAUUUCCAGGCAUGCUAGGUUCCAUUGAUCGUAUGCAUUGGGAAUGGAAGAAUUGUCCUGUUGCAUGGAAAGGACAAUUUUGCCAAGGUUCAAAUAAUGACAUUAAUGUGCUAAACCAAUCCAAUGUGUUUAACGAUAUUUUGGAAGGACGUGCUGCUACUGUGCACUAUACAAUCAAUGGGACUCCAUAUAACAUGGGAUAUUAUUUAGCAGAUGGUAUAUAUCCUGAGUGGACUACAUUUGUCAAUACCAUUUCAAUGUCGCAGGGAGAAAAAAGAAAACUAUUUGCUCAACAUCAAGAAUCAGCUAGAAAGGAUGUGGAGCGGGCAUUUGGAGUGCUCCAAUCUAGAUUUGCAAUUAUAUGUGGCCCAGCGCGUGCAUGGCAUAUGGAAACCCUCAAACAUACCAUAUAUGCUUGCAUCAUAUUGCACAAUAUGAUUGUUGAAGACCAACGACACACAUAUGGAGGAGAUUUUGAUUACUCUUAUGAUAAUGUAGAUGACACCUACUCUACAACGGAAACAUUUAACGGUCCUCAUCCGAAUCUUGCAACAAAACUACAAAGAAGAGCAACUCUUCGUGAAAAAACAAGUUCAUCGCAAACUUCAAGGAGAUCUAAUCGAGCAUAUUUGAGAAAGUUUUGGACAUGA